AUGACUAUUCUCCUGUCCGGGUGUACCGCACGACCUGAAGAAUACGACUUCAUCAUCGUGGGCGGUGGGACAGCGGGGUGCCUACUGGCUGACCGACUGUCCGAAGUCAGCGAGUGGAGUGUGCUCCUGAUAGAAGCAGGUGAAGACGAGAACAUUAUACAGGAUAUCCCGGCAAUAGCUUCAGUGUUCUCCUUGACACCGGCAAACUGGGGUUACAAGACAGAGAAGUCCUCCACAGCGUGUCUCGGCCUGAUAGACGGCCGGUGUAACUGGAUACGUGGCAAAGUCCUAGGUGGCACUAGUGUUCUCAAUUACAUGGUGUACACCAGAGGCAACCGAAAGGAUUACGACGGUUGGAAGACACAAGGAUGUGAAGGUUGGGGAUAUGACGACGUCUUACCAUAUUUCCUCCGGUCUGAAAACAUGCGCAUUCCCACGUUGGCUAACGACAAGAAAUAUCACUCCACGGAGGGACAGCUGUUUAUCACCCGGCCACCAUAUCACACUCAGAUUGCUUCCGACUUCGUUGAAGCAGGUCCUCAAGCUGGCUACCAAGACAUUGACUACAAUGCCGCAACUCAAAUAGGUUUCUCCUUCCUGCAGGCAACCAUGAAGAACGGAGAGCGGAUGAGUUCGAAUCGUGCGUUCUUGAAACCUGCAAGACAGAGGAAGAACCUGCACGUUGUCAACAGGAGCCUCGUCACCAAAAUCCUUAUUGACCCGCAAAAUAAAACGGCUUACGGUGUAGAAUAUAAAUAUCUUGGGAUAUUUAAGACGGAAGCUGUUGCCAGGAAGGAAGUGAUUCUGUCUGCAGGAGCCAUAAACUCUCCACAGCUUUUAAUGCUGUCAGGGAUCGGCCCUAAAGAACAUCUUCAGAAAGUGGGGGUUCCUGUGAUACAGGACCUAAGAGUUGGCUUCAACCUACAGGAUCACAUUUCACUUGGAACUCUUUUCUUCACUGCAAACUCCUCGGUCACUGCGAGAUUUGACAAUAUUCCUGGUGAUGCUGUCAGUCUUCUUCAAUACCUCUUCACCAGGAAUGGGACACUUACAAUGCCAGGAGCCAUUGAAGCACUAGCCUUCCUGGAUAUAGAUGACAGCGACGGUCUUCCAGAGAUAGAAUUAAUUUUUGCAGGAACUACUGUGGCAUCACUUUUGCCUGUUUGGUUUGCCUGGGGCGGAAAACUUGAAAUAUAUGCCCCUUACAUGUCUUUAGCAAUUCAAAAUGCUUUCAGCAUAUUUCCCAUUCUUCUGCACCCUAAGAGUCGCGGCUGGUUGACCCUCAAGGACAAAAACCCCGAAACGAAACCUCUUUUGUACCACAAUUAUCUGACUGAAAAGCAGGAUGUGGAAAUCCUCGUAAAGGGAAUCAAACGAGCUAUCCAACUAAUCGACACCGAAGCCUUUCAGAGGCAUGGUGUAAAACUGUACACGGUGCCGCUACCCCCGUGCAAGAGUCACGAGUUCGGCUCUGAUGCAUACUGGGAAUGUUCGAUAAGAUACAUGACGUUCACCGUGUGGCACCAAUGUGGAACAUGCAAAAUGGGCCCUGACUCCGACCCCGAUGCCGUCGUGGAUCCUCAGUUAAAGGUGCGAGGAAUUCGGCACCUCCGCGUCGUGGACACUUCCAUCAUACCCGUCAUUCCGGCGGCUCACUUGACUGCUCCAGCUUACAUGAUUGCUGAAAAAGCAGCUGAUAUGAUCAAGCAGGAAUGGAAGGCUAACGCAUGA